CCGCUGUGCAGCAGGAUUAUGUUUCAGAGGAUUCCCAGAUUCAGUCGCUGCGGCUGUUUCAGACUCCCAGGAUCUUCAGUCCGUACGGCUGAUCCGCCAUGGCCAGAUGGGGGGAAGGAGAUCCUCGCUGGAUCGUAGAGGAGAGAGCUGAUGCCACCAACGUCAACAACUGGCACUGGACGGAGCGAGAUGUCUCCGCCUGGUCGUCUGAGCGUCUCCGUCAGCUGCUGCUCAGCGUGCGGGUGGAGGGACCAGAGGGGGUCUGUGAGGUCACAGACGUCAGCAAGCUGGACGGAGAAGCCUCCAUCAACAACCGCAAAGGAAAACUCUUCUUCUUCUACGAGUUUCAGCUGAGGGCCAACUGGCUAGGUCUGUGAUGUCAUCAUCAUCAUCAUCAUCAU